GAAAAAGGGACAGAAGGGAGAGUUAAAAAAUAAAACAAAGGGUGAAGGGGAGAAAAACCCCACCUGAGGGAACCCCCCCAACUUUCUUGCUUUCUACAGGUGUGAAAAGCCUGUGUAGCAGAGGCUGGAAAUGCUGGAGCAUGGGACACAAGUGUUCACUUCAUUCCUGGUGUUCAGGAGAGAAGUUUUGGUUGUUGCUCAGGGUUGCACGCUCCUUUUUAAAGACUUUGUCACAGUGCUGGAAAAUAAGAGAAAUUAAUGUGAGAGUAAGGGGCCUGGGAUUGCUGGUGUUCCAGAACUCCCACCAACAUCCCGUUUGUCAUGAGGGGAGAUAGGCAAGGCAGGAGAGGUGUGGUGAAGGUCAGGUGAAGAUCUGCCUCUCAGUAAAGGUGUGGGUUGUAGAACUUCCCUUCUUGCACUGAAAUGACUCCCUGUGCUCUGUUAAAUCUGCUGACUUGGCUCAAGAUGCCAUCCUUACAAAGUAGUGGGCAAAUACCCCUCAAUCCUUCCCAAGGCUGCUCCCCCACAGCGCAGCCGGGCUCGGAAAUGCGAUUCCACAGACCGGACUCGUUCCACAGAAAUGGGACUGAGCCCUGGCCCAGCUCUCCUCUUCGCAAUACAAAUAAACCUGGAAAGGAUUUUUUUGUUGUUGUUGCAGAGGGUUGGUUUAGAGCUCAAGGUUUGUGCACCACAGAGGCAGAAAACAAAAGCUUCCUAUUUGCAGAGCGGCCAGAUGUGCCAGGGGAAAUGAUGGCUCCAAAAUAUUGACGCAUUGUUUGGAGAGAGCGUUUUUGUUUCUUUUCCCAGCUUUGAAGAACAGCUCCUACCAGCUGUGCUACCCUGUCCUAGCAGAGUCCAGUGUGCUUGGGAAGGAGAUGAUGUGGGGAGCAAUCAGGCUGGAAGAACAGAGAACUUGAGUCAGGAAGAUUUUCAUGUAACGCGCGUAUCCUGGUGCACACGGAGGAUGUGCUUCUAAUGCACUUAAAGCCUUAAAGGGGAAUUAAAAACUGUCAUGUUUAACCCAGAGCAGUCUGAUCUCAGCUGCCAGUUGUUGUAUAAAGGCUGAAGAUGAUAAUUUGGCCUUUUACAACCCAUUUUUGUAAGCAGGGUUGGCCUGGGUUGGGUUGGGUGGCCGCUAGAGGACACUCUGCCCAAAACCAUGAGUUCAGUGAACUUGGUUGGAUUUCCAAGCAAUGGCAGGGCAAACAAACAGCAGAUUGCCUGAGGACUAAGUGCAGAAAGCCUGCAGUAUAAUUCUCUUUUAUAGCUGGAAAAAACAUCUUUUAUCUUCUAUGGCAUAAAAUUUUAGGUGAAACCCCAAACCCAAUGCUCUCCCCAAAUGCUGCUCAAGUGACAGAGAAUCUGAACUGGGAAGGUUUAAAUGUCACUCUCGUGAAGUACUGCUUUGUCACAUCGAUUAUUUUUUAGUGUACAGUACAAAGCACCUGUGCAGUUUGAUGGGAAACCAUCAUUUGAUCUUCCAGGCUCUGUGAGAUGGUGCCGUGUUUGAAAUUCCUCAAGUACCUUUAUAUCCUAAUGUGUUUUAAUACCUCCCUCCUGCUCAACCCACACAUUUAGGAUCUUGUAAUAACUUGAAACCCAAAGAUAGGCUGGUUUCACUGUAGCUUCUCUAUAAAGGUGAUUAAUUCAACUGGAAACAAAUCCUGCCUUUUGCAACUCAGUUUUAUCAUCCAGUGGGGAGAAACAAGUGGAGGACUGCAUUUCCUACUGCUCAAAAUCAGUUGAUUUUAUUGUUUGUUUCCCUCUUCAUCCCUCAGUUGCCUUGAACUUCUCAAAAAUCCUGACAUUCUUCCAAAUGACAUCCUUGUAGAAAGAAAGGCCUUUGAAAUGAAUCAGCUUUCACUCUGCCUAAGAAACUUUACAGAUUCCAGGGUGGGGUUUUGUCUUUAUUUGCAGGUUUUUUAUCUCUGUUAGUGAUACCUCCCUUUUAAAAUCCCUUAUCUGUAACAUCCCAUGCCCACAUCAAUGGUUGGAGGCAUAUUUUUGCUUGAUGUUGUAAUUACAUGUGAUAAGAGACAGCCUUUAUCCUGAAAGUGUUACAGCACAAUACAUUUGACAGGCUGCUAGAUAAGACUCCCUAUUUAGUCUGCAGAGAGUGCUAGGGCAAAAAAAUGGACAUAAAAACCUUGGCCCUGCAUCUUUUGCAUCCCAGCUCAGCCCUGGAAGCACGGGGUCAUUUUUUGGUUGCUGUCCAUGGAGGUGCAUUGUGCUUUCAGACAGAUGCCCGAGGAGAAGGUGAGGAGUUAACUUGCUGUUCAAAAGAAGCAACAAGGUGAAAAUAGAUCAAAAUGAAGAGUUUGUAUUUCAGCGCCACAAUUAGAGAGGGGUGGGGGCAGUGUGAGCUCCAGUGAUGUGCAGAAUGGCAGAGAGGGUGGGCGGUUGGACUGUCAAACUGCCUUAAUUUAAUUGCAAACACAUGCUGAUGAGUCCCCUCCUCCUGGACCUCAGGGCUGGGAAACUUUUUUUGUCAGCUCCCUGCAGCUCAGAAUUGAGGCAAAUACGCUCCAGCAAACACCAUGCUGAUCAAACCUUCAGCUCUUGGAGGCUUUUUGUAUUUUCUCCUCCUGCCUGGUUUCUCCUGCUCCUGCCCCAGCCGCUGCCUGUGCUUCAGGACUACAGUGAGAUGCAUGCAUCUGAUGUUGGAAACCAUCCCCGAGAUCCCGCCCCAGACAAACAUUCUAGAUUUGCGCUUCAACCACAUCAAGGAGAUACAACCUGGAGCCUUCAGAAGACUGAAGAACCUCAACACACUGCUGCUGAACAAUAACCAGAUAAAACAAAUUGUGAGAAGAUCCUUUGAAGGUCUGGACAACCUGAAAUACCUCUACCUUUAUAAAAAUGAAAUUCAGAGCAUCCAGCAACAUGCCUUCCAUGGGCUCCGUUCCCUGGAGCAGCUGUACCUGCAUUUCAACAACCUGGAAAGUCUGGAGCUGGAGACUUUUAGUGACCUGCCUAAACUUGAAAGGCUAUUCUUGCACAACAACAAGAUUUCCAGGAUUCACCCAGGGACAUUCUCUCAACUGGAAUCCCUCAAGCGACUGCGGCUGGACUCCAACUCCCUGUUCUGCGACUGUGACCUGCUGUGGCUGGCAGAGCUGCUGAGGAAAUACGCAGAGCAGGGCAGCAUCCAGACAGCUGCCACCUGCGAGGCUCCCCGGGACCUGCACGGCCGCUCCAUUGUCACCUUGACCGCCCAGGAGUUCAACUGUGAGAGGCCUCGAAUAACCUCAGAACCCCACGACGUCGAUGUGCUCUUGGGAAACACAGUUUAUUUCACCUGCAGGGCAGAAGGCAACCCAAAGCCUGCCAUUAUUUGGCUGCACAACAAUAAUAAGAUUGACAUGAAAGAUGACAGCCGCCUGAACCUGUUGCAAGAUGGUACCUUGAUGAUCCAGAACACCAAGGAGUCGGACAAAGGCGUCUACCAGUGCAUGGCCAAGAACAUUGCUGGGGAGGUCAAGACACAGGAAGUCGUGCUGCGCUAUUUUGGCACCCCAUCCAAGCCCACUUUUGUGAUCCAGCCACAGAACACUGAAGUGCUGAUUGGGGAAAGUGUCACCCUGGAGUGUGGGGUCUCUGGGCACCCCCACCCCCGCAUCAGCUGGACCCUUGGCACGGGCUCUCCUUUGCCACAGGACUCCCGUUUCACAAUCACCAGCUCUGGAGGCCUCUUCAUUCAGAACGUCACCUUCUCGGACCAGGGGCAGUACAACUGCAAUGCCAGCAACUCCGAGGGAUCCAUCCAGGCCACAGCAAGGAUCAUAGUGCAAGAUUCUCCCAGGUUUCUCGUCAUUCCCACUGAUCAGACAGUAACUGAGGGACAAAGCGUGGAUUUCCCCUGCUCUGCUGAGGGUCACCCUCCCCCAGUGAUUACCUGGACAAGGGCAGGUGGGCCCUUGCCGAGUGACCGGCGGCACAGUGUCCUGUCCACGGGCACCCUGCGGGUGGGCCGGGUGGCCCUGCACGACCACGGGCAGUACGAGUGCCACGCCAUCAGCGCCAUCGGCGUCAGGACCCUCGCGGUGCAGCUCUCGGUCACCCCGCGAGUGAUCCCCGUGUUCCUGCAUCCCCCCCAAGACCUGGUGGCAGAGACAGGCCAGGAUGUUGCCAUUUCCUGCGCUGCCCAGGGAGACCCUCGGCCCACCAUAACCUGGGUCAAGGAGGGCAUCCAGAUCACAGAGAGUGGCAAGUUCCACAUCAGCCAGGACGGGACCCUCUCCAUUCAGGACCUGGGUGUGGCUGACCAGGGCAGAUACGAGUGCAUAGCAAGGAACCCCUUUGGCUUCACCUCAAGUGCCAUGCAGCUCACCAUCACCGCCACGGACGUGGGUCGGAGCGGGGACACUUUUGUGGCCACGUCGCUGCGCGAGGCCAUCAGCAGCGUGGACCACGCCAUCAACUCCACACGCACCGAGCUCUUCAGCAAGCGCCCCAAGACUCCCAAUGACCUCCUGGCUUUGUUCCGCUACCCGAGGGACCCCUACACCAUCGAGACAGCCAGGGCAGGGGAGAUCUUUGAAAGGACCCUGCAGCUGAUUCAGGAACAUGUGCAGCAAGGGCUGGUCGUGGACAUGAAUGUCACAGGCUAUCGCUACAAUGACCUGGUGUCCCCUCACUACCUGACCAUGAUCGCCAACCUGUCGGGCUGCUCCGCCCACCGCCGCACGCCCAACUGCUCUGACAUCUGCUUCCACAGGAAGUACAGGACCCACGAUGGCUCUUGCAACAACCUCCAGCACCCCAUGUGGGGUGCGUCCCUCACAGCCUUCCAGAGGCUCCUCAAACCUGCCUACCAGAAUGGAUUUAACCUCCCCCGAGGGUUUUCCUUGGCAGAAGAUGCCAGGGAUCUGCCCCUUCCUCUACCUCGCCUUGUCUCCACUGCCAUGAUUGGGACCGAGACCAUCACCCCCGAUGACCAGUUCACGCACAUGCUCAUGCAGUGGGGCCAGUUCCUGGACCACGACAUGGACCAGACAGUGGCAGCCAUCAGCAUGUCCCGUUUCUCAGACGGAGCCCCUUGCAGCGAGGUGUGCAGCAAUGACCCUCCCUGCUUCUCCAUCACGGUCCCCGCCAACGACCCCCGCGUGCGGAACGGGCGCUGCAUGUUCUUUGUGCGCUCGAGCCCUGUGUGUGGCAGCGGGAUGACCUCCCUGCUGAUGAACUCUGUCUAUGCCAGGGAGCAGAUCAACCACCUGACAUCCUACAUUGAUGCCUCCAACGUUUAUGGCAGCACGGAGCAGGAAUCACGGGAGCUGCGGGAUCUGAGCGGCCAGAAAGGGCUGCUGAAGCGAGGGCAAGUUGUGCCCAGCUCGGGGAAGCAUCUCCUUCCCUUUGCCGUGGGGCCACCCACGGAGUGCAUGAGGGAUGAGAACGAGAGCCCCGUGCCGUGCUUCCUGGCAGGAGACCACCGCGCCAACGAGCAGCUGGGGCUCACGGCCAUGCACACGCUGUGGUUCAGGGAGCACAACCGCGUUGCCACCGAGCUGGCCACCCUCAACCCACACUGGGAUGGGGAUCUCCUGUACCACGAGGCACGAAAGAUUGUGGGUGCCCAGAUGCAGCACAUCACCUAUGCCCAGUGGUUGCCCAAGGUCCUUGGGGAGGCUGGGAUGAAGAUGCUGGGUGAGUACAAAGGCUACAACCCCAAUGUCAAUGCGGGGAUUCUCAACGCCUUUGCCACGGCCGCUUUCCGCUUUGGGCACACCUUGAUCAACCCCAUCCUGUACCGACUGAAUGAGACCUUCCAGCCCAUCCGACAAGGCCACAUCCCCCUGCACAAGGCCUUCUUCUCCCCUUUCAGGAUCAUGCAGGAAGGGGGGAUUGACCCCCUCCUCCGUGGGCUGUUUGGGGUUCCUGGGAAAAUGCGGGUGCCCUCUGAACUCCUCAACAUGGAGCUGACGGAGAAACUCUUCUCCAUGGCACACUCUGUGUCACUGGACUUGGCCGCUAUCAACAUCCAGAGAGGGCGAGACCACGGCAUCCCACCCUACAAUGACUUCAGGGUCUUCUGCAACCUCUCCUCUGCACAGGAGUUUGAGGACCUCAGAAAUGAGAUCAAGAACUUGGAGAUCAGAGAAAAGCUCAGGAGUUUAUACGGAACUACCAAAAAUAUUGACCUGUUUCCAGCACUGAUGGUGGAGGACCUUGUCCCUGGGACCAGAGUGGGACCAACACUGAUGUGCCUGUUAACGACUCAGUUCAGAAGGCUGAGAGAUGGAGACAGAUUUUGGUAUGAGAACCCUGGAGUCUUCACGCCGGCGCAGCUGACUCAGAUCAGACAGGCGUCCCUUGCUCGUGUCAUCUGUGACAACAGUGACCACAUCCAGCAGCUGCAGAGAGAUGUGUUCCAGGUGGCAUCGUACCUGCAGGGCAUGGUCAGCUGUGAGGAGAUUCCUGCCGUGGACCUGCGCCUGUGGCAGGACUGUUGUGAGGACUGCCGGACACGAGGGCAAUUCAGGGCUCUUUCGCAGCGGUUCCGAAGCAAGAGGUCUCCUGGCUUCAGCUACCCAGAGGAAAACCCUGCCAGGCACAAGGCUGACUUGCCCAGAAACGAGGUGCCUUCCCCAAGCCCUUCCUCCAGAGAGAAUCUUGAGUCCCUUGUGGCUGAACUGGAGAAGACAGUCACUUCUCUAAGGAAACAGGUGAAUGCACUAGAGAGCCAGCUGAGGUGGCACCACAGGAACACCAGCACACGUGGACAGGGCAAGAAGACUGGGGACAAAUGGAGAAAAAGAUGACCACGUACAAGGUGCCCUGUGACCUGCACUCCUGCUCUCCACCAGCCAGUCCAACCCACCCCUACAGGGCUCAGAGAGCCACCAUGAGACCCCAUGAUGCUGUGCCUGCUCUCACACCUCUCAUACCACUCCCUGUCCCAGGACCACUGUACUUUUGCCUGCAUUGAACCCUCUGCACUGACUGUCUAUGAGCCCCUCAGCCCCUGGACCCUUCCUGCCCUUGUUGGCCUCCUGGGGAUGAGCUCUGCCCUCGAUGAUGAGAGCCCAGAGUCUGCCAAGGUGCCUCUUUCUUCCACAGUCCCCAGGAAACAGAGACAAAUUGAAGCUGCUUUAAUGCCACUGUUCUGCUCCGCUCCUCUUCCCAUGCACCUCUGUCGUCACCCGUCACUCCUUGUCGGAACUGUCCCAUGGACACCCAUCCAAACCAAUUCAUUAAGAGGCAAAACCUUUCUCAAAUGCACUGUGGUGCCAGGAAACAUCUGGAAAAAUCACUAAAAAAAAAAGAUAAAGAAACAUGAAGCCCAGAAGAAAUCCCAGUCAUCUUCUGACACCAUCAAAAAGACCAAGAGGAACCUCAGGGUUGGGUGUUUCAGGAUGGGGUGCCAGGCACGGUGUGGCCACCCUUGAUCUCCAGCUGAGCUUUGCCAGUCGUUGGUGACAAGUGGAACAUUCUCUGACCCCACGAGUGACUUACCAUUUCUCAAAACCAUUUUCCUCAGCAUGACCUGCAUUCCCCAACUUUCUGCCCCUUUAGGGGCUUAAUUGGAAUUAUGCUUCUCUUCCUUUUUUUUCCCCUCCAAAAAGGCUCUUUGCUGGAAGAUGUAUUUCGAGUGUAAACGUAACAGGACCUGGAAUAGAACCUCAGCUAAUUAGGUGUAAUGGGCACUCUCAUUAGUGGAAGGGAGCUGCUGGUUUCUGUCAAUUAGGCUGGGAGGCCAUGCUGUGGUGUUUGACACGCGGGUGUACACAAAGUGCUGUUUGUGUUUAUGGCUCCCCAGUGCUCUGCAGCCAAACCAGGGCUGUGUAGGCAGCUCUGCUGCUCAGGUCUGCUGGUUUUGGUGCUCUCUGGAGGUGCUCUUUAGUGGUGCUAGAACUGAAGUCCCUGUGUACCCACCACAACCCCAAAUCUGUGGACAGAUUGUUUUUUAAUACAUCCUUGUAAACUGGCCACAGGGACUGAAGAGAAAAUACUUGACCCAUCAGAUCUCUGUACCUUCCUUAUCUUUAUCACUUUUCCUGCCUCCUCCCACUUUCUUUCCCACAGCACAAGGACCAGAAACUUCUAUGAACAUGCUUUUUCUUCUUUACUUUUUUUAGGUGUUUUAUAGUACCAAAAGGGAUUCAAGGCAGCAGGGAUGCUCCUGGAACUGAAUAGGAAAAUAAAAAAAAAAAAAAAAAGAUCUUAGAAAAAGGUUGUGAUUUAUCAUCUCCUUCCUGGCAUGGAGCUGAGCUUUGUGUGUGUGUCCUGUGCAGACAGAGGUUUGCAGGGAUGAGUCUGUGCUCUGCAUGUCUGGUAGGCUCAGCUCAGAGGCAGUAUUUAGUCCUCAGGGAUGUUUGUCAUUUGGAAGUACUCUUUCAUUUAGGUGCAAAUGAAGAUCCAAAGCCUUUCGUGUUGGAAAUCAGCUGCACUUGUCUAUCGUUGGUACCACUGGAGAAUCUAAUCUGGCAUAGGUCAAUAAAGGUAAAUCAGGUCACAGUCUCCUUCUGCAGACCAGACGUUCAGCAAGUCCUCAUUCAAAACAGUGAGGCACAAAUGUUCCAUGCUGGAUCUGAUCAGAUCAUCUUUCAGGGUACAACCAAGCAGC